UUGAGCCGCAUCGAGUUUUCUCCACGACAUCAUUUCCUGAAACACACGUUACAAGGAGAAGCCGCGGGUUUGAUUUUUCGCCGCUAGCAUGCUAGUUAGUGCUUUGUAGUGUUGUGCUUUUUCUAUAGUGAAGGAAUGACACAUUUAUAAAAUUUGGGAGAUCGACUUAAAAAGCUAAACAUGAAUCUCGACAGGCUCCGAAAGCGCGUGCGGCAGUACAUUGACCAGCAGCAGUAUCAAAGUGCUCUGUUUUGGGCCGACAAGAUAGCAUCACUUUCUCAUGAGGACCCCCAGGACAUCUACUGGUUAGCUCAGUGCCUUUACCUAACCUCCCAGUAUCACAGAGCCUCGCACGCCCUCCGUUCCCGAAAACUUGACAAGUUGUAUGGAGCUUGUCAAUAUCUUGCAGCCCGGUGCCAUUAUGCUGCCAAAGAGUUCCAGCAGGCCUUGGAUAUCCUGGAUCUAGAGGAGCCUGUUAAUAAGAAGAUGCUGGAGAGGAGUGGGAAGGAGGACAGCGAGGCAGAAUCCACUAAAGACUGGGGCAUGUCCCCCGCCUCUAUCAGCAGCUCCAUCUGCCUCCUGCGGGGGAAGAUCUAUGACGCCAUGGACAACCGACCGCUGGCCACCUCCAGCUACAAAGAGGCCUUGAAACUGGACGUGUACUGCUUUGAAGCUUUUGACCUUUUAACAUCCCACCACAUGCUGACUGCACAGGAAGAAAAAGAAUUCCUCGACUCACUUCCUCUGAGUCAGCAAUGUACCGAGGAGGAAGAGGAGCUGCUACACUUCCUUUUUGAAAAUAAAUUAAAAAAGUAUAACAAACCCAGUGACCUGGUGGUGCCAGAGAUGGUCAACGGCCUUCAAGACAACUUGGAUGUAGUGGUGUCUCUAGCCGAGAGACAUUAUUAUAACUGUGAUUUCAAAAUGUGCUACAAACUCACAUCCAUGGUGAUGGUGAAAGACCCCUUCCACGCCAGCUGCUUACCCGUUCACAUUGGAACGCUGGUGGAGCUCGGUAAAGCAAACGAGCUGUUUUACCUCUCCCACAAACUUGUAGAUUUGUAUCCUAACAAUCCAGUGUCAUGGUUUGCCGUUGGAUGCUACUAUCUCAUGGUUGGCCAUAAAAACGAACAUGCCAGACGAUACCUUAGUAAAGCCACCACUCUGGAGAGAACCUACGGCCCCGCGUGGAUCGCUUAUGGUCACUCAUUUGCAGUCGAGAGUGAACACGACCAAGCUAUGGCAGCAUAUUUCACUGCAGCUCAGCUUAUGAAAGGCUGUCACUUACCCAUGCUGUACAUUGGACUGGAGUACGGUCUAACCAACAACUCCAAGCUGGCAGAACGCUUCUUUAGCCAGGCUCUUAGUAUCGCUCCAGAGGACCCGUUUGUGAUCCAUGAGAUGGCUGUGGUUGCAUUUCAAAAUGGAGACUGGAAGACAGCAGAGAGGUAUUUCCUUGACGCAAUGGAGAAAAUUAAAGCCAUUGGGAAUGAGGUCACUGUGGACAAAUGGGAGCCUUUGUUAAACAACUUGGGUCACGUCUGUCGGAAACUCAAGAAGUACGAGCAGGCUCUGGAGUACCACCGUCAAGCACUGGUGCUGAUCCCUCAGCACGCCUCUACCUAUGCAGCGAUAGGAUAUGUGCACAGCCUCAUGGGAGACUUUGAAAGUGCUAUCGACUACUUUCACACAGCAUUAGGACUGAAAAGGGACGACACUUUUUCCGUGACGAUGCUCGGACACUGUAUCGAGAUGUACAUCGGCGACACAGACGCAUACAUAGGCACGGACAUCAACGACAAGGUGAAAGGUGACUUGAACACUCCAGCGCUGAUGAAGAUGCUGAACACGUCAGAGCCCAGCGAGACUCUAGCAACAUCGAGGCUGGAAGAGACUAAUGUGGCGUCGCUGGAAACCCCCGUGUCCAAUCAGGACAAGAUGAUGCUGGACACUCCUCUGCGGCUCUCGCUAACCUUAGAGAGCGACAUGUACGAGAGCGACGUGAUGUUGGAAACGCUAUCGGACACCAGCACAUGAUCUGAUCCUGACAGGAGGCGGAGCUGCUCUGAGCAACAGGUCGUCAAAUGAACACACUCUGAAACCCAAGGACAACACUCAGACCCACAACCUCAGCAGAUGUGUAGAUUCCCCCGUUUGUGCACUAUGGUUGUCUGAUCAGCAGCAGAACUUUGAGCAUGAGCCUGUGAUGUAAAGCACCUGCUGUACAGCAAUUUAGUUAGCGAGAAUGCACUUUAAAAGGAGAAAGAAACAGUUGCCUUGGGUUCAAAUGUUUUUAUUUUAAACCUUAGCUUAAAAGAUCCUCAAUUCACUUGAGAAAAGCAGCACAACUUUCAUUGAAGACUGGAUAGUCACUUACCUCUUGUGCCAGGACACUUGUUGCUUAACCUGUGGAAUUUCAGCCUGAGCAAAGACAUGUUUUGAUAACAGUUUAAAUAUUCCUACAAUAAACUGUGCAUUUAAAAUGG